CAAAACCCCUUUGAAGCCCAGAAGUUCAACCAUCGAAGCGUCGAACGCCAGACCCUGACGCUCUCGGACGGCACCAAAUAUGUGGCGCAGUGGAAGAACGACGAGCGCCAUGGUGAGGGGAAGGAGCUGUGUCCGGAUGGUACCACCUUUGAGGGUCACUAUGUGGCGGGCAUGCGACACGGAUACGGGGUCAUGAAGUGGCCAGAAGGCUCCAAAUACUCCGGCAUGUUUGAACGCGGCCGAGCCAACGGGCAAGGUGAGCUGCUUCGAACCGACGGCUCUGUCUACCGCGGCCAAUUCUGCGAGGACUGCAUGUCCGGCGAGGGACGAAUGCAGUGGCGCGACGGUGUGGAGUACGUCGGCCAAUUCGUGGCCAACAAGCGCGAAGGCUUCGGCCGCAUGACCUGGACCAGCGGAAGGUGGAAGAAGUACGAAGGGCAUUGGAAGGAUGGUAUGCAGCAUGAAGUAGGAACCCUGCUGGAUCAUCAAGACCAGGAGUUUCGAGGCUGCUUCAAGUACGGAAAGCUUGACUACUGGAUCGACGACCACGACCACAAGAAGUGA